UUUUUUUUUUUUUUUUUUUUUUUUCCCCUUCCUCCACCAUUCCCACACAAGAAACUCGCAGAUCCGGCUGGGAGUUUCUCCGUGCAGCCCUGCGUUGCAACACGGGGACGCGCCCCCGAGAGCGCCGGGGCUGCGCCCGCCUGCCGGGAGCGGCGCUGCCCGGGGAGCGUGGGCACGGAGCUGCCGCCGCCCCCAGCAGCUUUUGGGCACCUCGGAGGGAAAAUCGGCAGGAGAAAUCGCAAUAGGCAAAAGGAAGAGAGUGAACGCUUUCAAAAAGGGCGUUUGAUCUAAGCAAAGCUUACCAAAAAAAUCCCGGGAGUAUCCGGAGAUGGGAGACAGGCAUUGCGCCCGUGUAAUGAACUACACGGAGUGCGAGAAAAUGACAAGAACUCCUGUAACUGUCUUGGCUCGGCAGGGCAGUGGAGAGCUCGGUACGUGCUGCAGCAUCCUCAUCUUGGGACUACCCAGGCGCAUGCCUGAGGAUCUCUUAGCAGCAGUGUUGAAACUAUCAGUGCAUCUGUUGAAAUCUGUAAUCUUCUGUCACUAUGGCAGGAAGUCGUGGAACUGCCAGGAACUGUUCUCCUUUUCAUGACAUGGCUCACAUGAAAGAAGAACCUGAAGAUUAGUUUCAAAGGAAGUGCUUAUUAUAUAAGAAAUAUUGGGAAAUAUUCAAAUAUUGGGAAGUGAAGAAGGAGGACAUAGGCCAGGGAAGAGAUGACAGAUAACAUGACUUGUGAAGAUACGUCAGCAACACAGGAAUCAUCAGAAGAACCUGGGUUACAGAAUCUUGUAGCUAAAGCUGUAAGCAGCAAACUCCAUUCAGGCUUUGCUCCCAUUAACUUAGACACACACUUUCUUAAUCUUCUUAAUUAGAUAACCAUGAUGAAAAAUCUUUAAAACUUGUGUUUUGAUGGCUUAUUUGAUGUGUGAACUUGACUAGAUUUUCUUUGGACUUUGGGUGUAAACAGUACAUAAAUCAAUACUAGAGAUGGAAGAGUUCAAUUUCACAGGAAUUUUAACUUUUUUAAUUGAUUCAACCAGAGCAAAAAAAGUUCUGAAUUCUACUUAACAAACAAAACUCUCAAACAUAUUAAGAUGUGUUCUUUGGACCCAAUAGCCCCUUUUUAAACAGAUUUUGAAAGCCUCAGGAAAAUCCAACUCACUCUUUCCAGGAUUGUCCCAUCCUUACACUAGGCUUGACACAUGUCUGAAUUUAAAACCAGGCAGUGAUUAUCUUGGCCCAUGCAGCUUUAACUGCAGCAUAUCUGCCUCUGUCACCUUUGUGGCUGAGCACAUUCCUUUAGUGCUGUAGCAGUGGUGUUACAGCUUAGAGGACAUCUCAUGUCACCCUGUGACAUCUGAUGUCAGGAUGGAGCAAGCAGGAUGAAGUGCAGCUGAAACAGGAGGGAGCAUCUUUACAGUGUGCCUUCUAAGCUGGGCAUCCACUCCAGUGUCAAACAAGCUGAUAUGGAGUAGCUUGUGUGACAGAACUAUCCUGAUCUUACAGGAAAAUCUAUCCUAGGGGGUGACAGUACUAUCAUGACUUUAAAGGAUAAGUCUAUCCUAGGGCUUCAAAAUUUCUGUAGUACCAGACCCUGCCAGUAGCCUUAGAAAUGAAAAGACUGAAAGCUUUAGAAACAAUGUGUGUUACAUCUGGUUCUACAAAAAAAAACCCCCUUGAGUCCUAUUGUGCCCUUAGGUUAGGCACAGCUUGACCUCAAUUAGCCACUUUCUAAUACUUCCUUCAGGAAUUCAGCAGGUUGCUUUUUGUGGGCAAGAGGAUGGGAGGAGCUGAAUUUGGAUUGUUGAGCAGCUAUAUGAACUCCAGAGCUGUUGCAAGCUGUGGAAGAUUGGUGUGGUAAGGAUGAGAGGGCAGAGUGACUGUGAGGCUGUCCCCAACAGCCAAGGUCAAAACAAGGACGUAGAAAGCAGCAGCCCUUCAGAUUACUUUCAUUUAGAACUAGGUAAUGUUUGAAGUCUUCAAUCUUUCUGGUAGGUCUUCUGAACUUUAACCAAGAGUUGCUGAUGUGAAAGGGCCACUUGCUACAAGUUGAUUGUAAAAAAUGUUUCAAUUUAAAACAGUGUUUCCUAGUAUAUCCUACAUUGUCUGGCAAAGCCACUUGUGAUCUGAACUUAUCUUCUGUCCUAUGAGGGAAGAGUAAAAAAUGACUGUACAUUAUGAUCUUUGUCCCAAAUUACAUGUUGUGCUGGGAUGUGGUGUAUUGAAGCCCAGUUUGUGUAUGGUACCACAUGACAAAAUUUGUAGCUGGGAGUUUUGAGAUAUUCUCUCUGGGCAGUCUUAGUUGGUCUCUUGGGUUUAGGUUUUUAUCAGGGUGCUGUUAAUUGGAAAAAAUCUCCAUGUUGCAUGUCUUUUGUCUAAAUGUUGUCUCUUCAUGGUUCUUCCUGUGAGGUUCUGUGUCUCAUGUCUAGGGUGUCUUUAUUUUUCUUUAGGAUGUGUCUUGUCUGUCUCUCCUUAGUUGACUUUCCAAAACUGUUCUACUUCUAUCCUGAAACAAACUUUCCACUGACUUUUUUCAAAAGUUAAAAUAGGUCCCUAAGGAUUUGCAUUUCCAUAGUGGUCACUCUACAAACUGUCAAGUUUGCAAGUCAGACUAUGACAGCUCCUCUUUCACCCUAGAAUACAUUCCAAAUGCAAAACAGAACAGUGAACAGUUGCUACAAUGACUCAUGCUUGUGGAAGUAUUGAAAGGCUAAAUAACAAACUCCUUUAGCAAAGACAGGAUGGCUACAGGAUGGCAAAAGCCUGCACUACUUGCAACUGGGGGGAAUACCACAGACAGUUCUAAUCUUCAAUCUGAAGAAUGUCAAGAAAGGUGGUUACAGGAAUUGUGCAUGGAUGCUUGGUUCUUACAGUCUUUCUCUAAUCUUAGAAUGGAUCUAACAGCUUUCAAGCCACAAGUACGAAAAUGCACAAGAGGAAAAACACCUUAAUUAUGGUCAGAAAAAUGACUGUCAAGCAUGUUUUUUUUUCCUCUGUUCAAUGGUGUUUCCUCUUGCUAGGGAGAACACAUUGGUGAAUUGGAUUGUUAUCUUUUCCUGGAAUGAUGAAAUUUAAAUAGCAGCAAAUAGCUCCUGUGGUGUCUCAACCUGUUUUCUUGUUAAGGGAAGGAGAACAUGACUAAGCCCAAAGGCUGGGUCUUAUAAAUGGGCUAUAAACAGUUCUGACAACCAGAGACUCUGCUCGUGCAUUUGUACCUUCAGUGCACAUCUACUUGCUUUUUUGGAGAUAGAUGGGUGAGUGGGUAUAGACUUCCUUAAAUUUCAUCAGUAUUGCUCAUCUAUAGUCACAUUCUAAAGUUUUACCUGAGAGCUAUUUUUCUGAGGAGGAUUCUGAACAAUUAUUUUGUCUACUGAUGGUUCAUCUAAUUCCACUGAACUAGAAUAAGGAAAUUACAGAGCAGACUGUUCCAGCCCUUAGCCAGUUAAUUUUAUAGCUUUAUUUUUUUUCUUGUAGGAAAAGCUUAAGUUCUCUUUCCAGCAUCCCCGACUUCAGGAAAGGGUACUAGGGAGCAGAAAACUGCCUCCUGUGCCCUGCUAGCUGCUCUAUAUCUAAAGCUGUUUCCAUGAUGUGUUUUGUGGUGGAUUUUUUUGGUGGGUACAUGGGUUUGGUUUGAGUGUUAGUGGUUUUGGUUUUUUUCCUGGAAAUUGUUAUUUUUAACUAGUGGGAAAUAACUGUCAAAUAGGUUAGUUUCACUACUAGCUCACAGUGACCAUCUCCUUUUUAUCCGUGGUGUUGUCUGUUGUCUCCUUUUACCAGAUGGCACUGGCAAUUGCAGAUUGUUUCCCAAACUCUUCAUCCAAGUGUAAUCUAAAAAAUUUGUAUUUGGUGAUGAGUAUCCCUGUGUUUACCAAGGUAAACUUUGCUCCAGGUGGUUAAAUAGAUACCUUGUGCUCCCUUUGCUUUCAGUCCUCUGCUUUAAGUUUAUCAUGAUGGCAGGAACAACCUGACUGCCUGGUAUCUUCAGACCUACUCCUUCAAAAGGAACUACCAAAUGUUGGGAUUUCAGCAACACUCCAGCUUGUCUGCAUCCCUGUGCUUCAUCUGAAACAAGAGUAAGCUUUGCAAUAGUGUUCUAUUGUAAAGUUGCUGAGUUUAUAACUCUGAGGUGCAUUGUUUAACUUCAUGUUUCCAAAAUAAAAAGGGUUUAAACUGAUACUAUAAAAAGCGCUGACUGACUUUUAUUCACCAAACUGCCCAUACAGCUUUUCUGUUAUGCAUUACAAUCUGCAAUCCUCGGAUACACCAAUGCACGGUUUCCAUUUUGAGCAGCUAGUCCCCUUCCUGGAGCACCACAAAAUUGCCCCAGGUUUUCUUAUCAUUGUUGUGCUCUCAUCAUGCUAUUCUAGUUGCAAGACUUAGAUGGCUAAAACAGUGUCAAAAUAUUUGUGUUGCACAUAACUUCUGACUUGAAAGUGAUAGCUUGUGUUCUCUUGCUUCAGGGGUUGUUUCCAUGCAACAAGUGCUUAGUUUGUGGGAUGUCAUUCCCUAUGGUGCUAGUCCUACGUUUGUUGCUUGAUGGCUAUUUUUGGCUUUUUAUGGGAUGAGCAAGUAGUUGCUACUUCAGGCUGCAAGAACAACAUUUUAAAGUGCAGGGCAAGAAGGCUGGACUGGGGUGGCUUUUUGGAUUCUUCACUUAAACGCUGGCUGGUAGCAGAGGCAGUAGCGCUAAUCGGCAGGUGUUCAUCUUCAUGAAGGAAAGAAACACUAGAAGUUCCAACUAGAACUGCAGUGUUUGCUUCAAGAUGCCCCAAAGGGACAAUACUCAUCUGCAAGUCUCAUCUUUCAAAACUGCUUGUGUUCUUUCAAUCAAAGAAAAACAUUUUUUGAGAAAGAUGACUUGUGAAGCCUGUGAACAAAGCUGUCUUCACAAGGAUACUGAAUGAAAGACAUCAUGCCUUACAAGGGACACUUAUCUUGAAGGGUGACACUGUGCUCUUAAACUAAAACACAGGCACUGUAAAAACACUGAUCCUGAACAAGAAUAAGGAUUAUAAAAACUGCAUCAGAAUGUUUGUUAGUCCCAGAAGAGUCAGAAAAUGCCAUUUUUUGCAGAUAUGUGCCACUUGCUUCAUACUGUGUCUCAUGAUUUUUUGGGUACCAUUUGAUAAUCACAUUGUGAGCCAUAUGAAGUCCUAUUCCUACAGAUACCUCAUAAAUAGCUACCAUUUUGUGAAUGACAGCCUGUCUGUCAGCAGGGAUAACCUGAACAGAGUAUCAAGCUACCAGUACUUGAUCAACCACAGAGAGAAAUGUCAGCAGCAGGAUGUCCUUCUCCUACUGUUUGUGAAGACUUCUCCUGAAAACCGUCAUCGAAGGGAUGCAAUUAGACAAACUUGGGGUAAUGAGAAGUAUGUUCGUUCUCAACUUAAUGCCAACAUUAAAACUCUUUUUGCUUUAGGACGACCAACAGACCAUCUGCAGAAAACACAGCAGCAAAGAGAACUUGAGCUUGAAGAUCAGAAAUAUCAGGAUUUGAUUCAGCAAGACUUCCUGGAUACUUUUCACAAUCUUACUCUUAAAUUGCUUUUGCAGUUUAGCUGGGUGAAUGCCUACUGUCCUCAUGCCAGGUUCAUUAUGUCUGCAGAUGAUGACAUAUUUAUCCAUAUGCCAAACCUCGUUGCUUAUCUCCAGAGUCUCACACAAAUGGGUGCUCAAGAUCUCUGGAUUGGUCGUGUCCAUCGUGGUUCCCCUCCCAUAAGAGACAAGAGUAGCAAAUACUAUGUUCCAUAUGAAAUGUACCAGUGGCCCUCUUACCCUGACUACACAGCUGGAGCUGCAUAUGUAGUAUCAAAUGAUGUAGCAGCUAAAGUCUAUGAGGCUUCACUGACUCUGAAUACAAGUCUUUAUAUAGAUGAUGUUUUCAUGGGUCUCUGUGCCAAUAAAAUGGGAAUUGUACCACAAUAUCAUGUAUUUUUUUCUGGGGAAGGAAAGGCUCCAUAUCAUCCCUGCAUUUAUAACAAGAUGAUAACAUCUCAUGGACACGUAGAUGAUCUUCGCCAGCUCUGGAAGCAGGCUACAGAUCCCAAAGUUAAAAAGAUUUCUUCAGGGAUUUGGGGUAGAAUGUACUGCAGACUGGUCAAUGUUAUGCUUCUCUGUAAACUGUACUAUGUGGACACAUAUCCUUGUUCAGCUGCAUUCUCUUAAUACUUGAAUAUCUGCAUUGAAGAUCCACUGAGCCAAGACAGAGCAACAACAUUUUAGGUGUUUAUCCAAAAUAUAUGUAAACAUGGAAAGAGGUAAAAUUAACACGUGAAUACUUGGGGUGGGCGGAGGGAGAGGAAGAAGACGGUCCCAGAGUCCCAGAUUCUGUUCAGAGACUUACUGGAAUAGCUCUCCUGUUGUACUUCAACUUUUUACAUUGUAGCCUGUUUUUUUACACUCCUCAAGGGAUGCAAGUCUGGAUUAUAAGUGAACUAUAAUGGACUUGACUUCUAGACUUUGAAAUGCUUGUUGAAAAUAUCUGUUUCUUUGAACUUGUCAGUAAGUCUUGACAGUUUUUUUAAAAGCUAUGUGAACUAAGGCAUGUGGCAAAAAAAAAUCUGUUGUAUCAGAAUGGAGUAGACCUUUCAAAGCAUGAGGAAAAUGUAACUUCUGACUUGAUGAAUGAGACUAUCACAGUAGUUUAAGAUAGUGUAAACUCUCUACAAAUAUACACCAUUUCUCAAAGCUUCCAAAAUCAGUCUGCACAGCUGGCAAAUAGCGAGUGCUAGAAGUGAAGUCUUGCUACAAUUGUUUUCUCAAAGCUCCCUAAAUCUCUGAAAUAGGGAAACAGUGUUUGGAUGCCCUCUAACUUGGUGGUUUAAAGUAACAAAGAAACCCCCUUCAAAGCCUGAAGCUAUAAAAAACCAAACACUAUUCAUGUGACUGGUUGGGAUAAUAUUUCUCUGUCUUCCAAAAACUGAAUCAGAAUAUUUAAAAAGUCCAAUCUUUAAUAAGCAAAUAAGUUAAGCUGGUUUUCUUCAAAUAAUGCUUCUGUUUUCCAAUAUUCUGAAAGUGAAAAGCAAGCAAAAGUCCCUGGGAAUGUUACUUAGAGCUAGUUAAAGACUUUAAAAAGCAAAAUUUCAUGCUUGUACUAACAGAGAGAGAGGAUAUUUUCUGUACAAACUUUGACUUUGCAUUGAAGGGAUAGGGAGAUGGUGAUUCACACAAACUGACUACACAAAUCAUAAUAACUAAAAUAUUUCUCCUGAAGUCAAAAUGGUCUUUAAAAUUUCAGGGUUGUUUGUGUCCACAAACCCCUGUACCUUGAAUAUAUCUCAAUGUUAAUAUCACUUGCAAAGGAACAAAAUGCCUGUGCUUUGUAAACCAAAAUAGAGCUAAGUGAUGUGCAAACUGCAGCCCUUAUGAGUUGUCCUGUGGUGCCAUAAAGAUACUGCAGAGAACCAGAGCUGCAGGCUGCCUGCAGUCCUUGCACAGCUCAGUCAUGGUGCUUCCACAGACUCUCAGGACAGAUAUCUUAGUUGCUAAUUGCCAAACCUGUGGUAGCUGUACAGGACUUGCUAGUUUGAAGUUGUGAGUAGUGAACUUGGUUUAACUGACUGCUACUGCUCUUGGAGCUGUGCUGCAGGUUUUGUGGUUUGAAUGGAUAAUGGCAUCUGUCAGUGCAGACAGAAUCCAGGAGUGAGCUUGCUGACUGUUGUCUAAGCUGUUCAGAUGUAGGGUAGGAAGCUACUGGAACUAAGUCAAACAUGUAACUUUCUAUAAUUGGUUUUGCAGAACGAGUAAUAAGAUUCCUAACUGGUCCCAAAUGUUUGGCAUAUAAAGAGCCCACAAAUAAACCAUUUAUCAGUGUCAGAAUGACUGAUGAGUGUAACAGCUAUACUUCAGAAGGAACAAAUCCAGUUCCUUUUCUUGCCUGAAAAAAUGGAUAAUUGUACUGGGGAUGUAGAUCUAUAUAAUCUGUUGCAUACAGAGAAAAUAAAUGCACGUAUAGAGAAA